UGAAGCCGCGCGGAGAUACUUUCCACAGAAGUCCUCAAUCGCCGACCGAAUCGGGCACAAUAUAAAAACAAAAACCACACAAACACAUGGAGAUUAUUAAUUCAAAUAAAGAAAAUCGUAAUUCGUUAUUGUGUCAUAUAACUUAAUAUCUGUAAGACGGAAUAUAUACACACUUCAUCAGUCCUGCCGAAAGGUCAAUUAACCCAAGCGUGAAGUAAAUAUUAACCCAAAAAAUCUAAGCGAAGCCAAGCUGCCAAGUGAAAAGAAAAAGGCAGAAGUUCCGAAAGUACUCUUGAACCUUGCUAAACAAAAACGAAACAAGUUUAAAUUGCACUGGACUGGCAACUUCCGCUUCCGUUGAGUGCUUCAAUUUCAGUUUAAUGUUAACUCCGACAAAACCUAAAUUGACAAGAACAACCGAGCCAAAAAUAAAGUGAACGUAAACCAAGAAACCUAAGGAAAAAAGUUUUUUUGGGCGUUCUUUCCGACUCCAAACACUCGAUACAAAGGGAUACUUGGAGAUAGGACGGGGAUAAACUGCAUAAAUCAACGCCACUGCAAAAGCCGAGAGCAACAAUAACUGGAAGCAAUUAAUUUUAUUCAAACAAGAGCAACAAUAAGGACGACGACAAAAAAUGGAUUACGGCUGGCUGAUGUUUCUGUUCAUCGCACUUUUAAUUGACUACCCAAUCGCAUAUGCUCUGUUUGUGACGGAUAUCAGUGUGCCCGAGAUCGUAGAUUUUCGGGACAAUGUGACCUUAUCUUGCAGCUACGAUAUGCGAGGUCACACGCUAAACUCGGUCAAAUGGUACAAAGAUCACGAGGAGUUUUUCAGAUAUUCCCCCUUGACGAGUCCGAUUUACAUGACUUUCGAUGUGGCUGGUCUGCAAGUGCUGGAGGGGAAAUACGUGUGCAACGAAUCGAGCUGUCGACUGGAUUUGAGUUUACAAGGUGCCAAGUCCACAGGACUCUAUAAGUGCGAAGUUAGCGGCGAUGCGCCCCAUUUUAAGCUGGCGGACAAGGCCGACAACAUGACUGUUGCAGCACUGCCUCAGAACGACCCGCUAAUCGAGAGCUUCAACUCGAUGUAUCGCAUGGAGGAAUACCUUAAAGCCACCUGCAUAUCGGAUUUUUCCAGCCUGCCCACUCGACUCACCUGGUACAUCAAUGGCGAGCAGCCGCUCUUAGGCGAACUGUAUCCCACAACGGACACAAGUUUGGCGGCCCAUGAUUAUGUACUGAGGCGACAGCGGCUUCAGGUGCAAUUCUUUUUGCAGGGGCAGCGCUUUUUCCAGGCCGGGAAAAUCCUGGAGCUCAAAUGCGUUGCGGAAAUUGAAAAUUAUCCGGAGCUGAGGCGCGAGAAGACGCUCAGUGCGUCGCUAUCGCAGUACGACAAUUUCAACAAUCAAAUGCCUCUGAGGCAUGCGAAUGCAAACUCUGGCUCGGCACAAAGGAGCAUCCUGUGCGGCAGGACGUCACUAAUUUCCGCAUUCCUGGCGGCAAUUCUACUAAUUCACUGUUUGCGACGCCCUUCAUGAACACUCUCAUCCAUAAGAGAAUCGGAAUCGGUGGACGAACUUAAAUCUUCGGACUCGGAUUCCAAAUCGCCUCGUAUGGCAACUUUGUCAACUAUAUCAUCACGUUAGUUAGUCAGUCAGUUAGUCACCUAGUUAGUUAGUUAGGGUAACAGACAAAGGUAAGACCGCGAAUUAGCGAAUAGGAAAGCUUUUGGGUCGAUAAAUGUAAAUAAAAUUGAUGGAGUGAAACGUUAAAGGUUAUGAUUGCUCAAGGAAAGAUAUUAAACAUAUAAAUGUUUUUAAUUAAUAAUUAAGUAUAUUCUUUAAAUUAUUUCGUAUGAAAACGUUUUUAUGAACAAAGUUCAAAUAAAACAUAACAAAGAAAUGAAAGGACGCUACUUAGUUUUAUGUAAUGGGUUUUAAAAAGUAUGAUAUAAAAAAUUUAUUUCAUACUUUUUAGUUUAAAAACAUUUUAUAUACAUUUUUUCAUUUGACUAUAUUUUGUUACUUACAGGAGUUUAGUGAAAUUUUCCUUUAUAAUUUGUGUUCAAACAUUGCUUUUUGGUAAUUCGGCAUGUUACAAGUACUUUUUAUGUGAGAAACUAUAUUACUUUUUAAUGAAAGUCAUGUUAUCCAUGAAAAUGAAUAUAAUCGUCGGUUGGGUCACAACGACUGAAUAUAACAAAACUGAAAAUUAAAACAAACAAAAACUGCCAAAAAAAUUGAUUUACCUGCCUGACACUGAUACUAGCAAAAAUAAGUCACUCUCCAGCAAACCAAACGAAUUUCCAAUAUCUGUAUAUAAGAGUAAUUUUUCCGAUUGUUGUUUGGCAAUUGAUUUCCAUACGUAGUGCACAUGAACAAUUUUUCGAGCAAAUAUAUCCCUGCACACCCCACGCCAAGUGUAUUGGGUAAAUUAUUAAAAAAAAUAACACAUAUGAAACACCAUAAAAAAUAAGUGAACACAUAAAAAGAGAGAUAAUGGAAUAAAAUGCGAUUUUAUCGGUGAGAAACGAGAAUGCAGAUGCUGUAAAAAUCAUUAUAAUUAAGUCUAGCGUAAAUAUGCUGUAAAUACAAUUUUAAACAUUAAAAACAGAGGAUAAACAACUAUAAAUCAUGUCACUAAGCCAGACUCAACUAUAUACGUAUGUAUAUAAAGCUAUUCGCUAUAUAUCUCAGCAUGUAUUUACUAAGGCCGAUAUACAAAAUAAGAGCAGAGACACAUAGAUAAUAAUUUAAAAAAAAGCGCAAUACACAUUUUAUUUAGCUGAGCAACUACAAAUAGACACAAUCCAUUAUCCGCUGGGUCAAAGCCCUCUAAAAAAGAUCUGGCAACAGAAGGCCAACUAAAAAAUAUAUAAAACAUGUUGUAUCAUGGUAUGGUAAAAUGCAUCAAAGCCUCGAGGUAUCUGACAUCACAUUUUGUUUAUAAGUAUGUCCAAUUAAUAUAAAACUCAGAGUGUGUGAUGGAAAAACAUACUAAAUAUAAAAAAUACAUGUAUAAAUUAAUUUACUUACUCAAUCGCACAUCUUUCGGUUGUAAAGAGUAAAAAUCACACACGACUAAAUGAAAAUAAACGAGAGCAAAUAAUGAUAAUGUAUAUAAAAGCAUUUACUUUAGUUUUUCAUUUCGGCGACUGGCCAUUAAAUUGUGUAAAAUAUUUCCAAAGGCAAGCUGC